AUGACUUGUGGUGUUGCAGACACGGACAACCAGCGGGUGAUCAUCCACGUGAAAGACGUGAACGACGAGCCGCCCUACUUCAUCAACCGUCCACUGCCGAUGCAGGCGGUGGUGCAGCUGAACGCGCCGCCAAACACGCCAGUCUUCACGCUGCAGGCCCGAGACCCGGACACAGACCACAACAUCCACUACUUCAUCGUCCGCGACCGCACUGGUGGAAGAUUUGAGGUGGAUGAGCGCUCGGGUGUAGUUCGAACAAGAGGAACCGACCCCUUCCAGUUGGACAUGGAGUAUGUGCUGUACGUUAAAGCAGAAGAUCAGAAUGGGAGAGUGGAUGAGCGACACUUCCAGUCAACACCUGAGGAAAGGCUGUCCAUUGUUGGUGGGAAACGUGCUCCACAAUUCUACAUGCCGUCAUAUGAAGCCGAGAUCCCAGAAAAUCAGAAGAAAGAUUCAGACAUAAUUUCUGUAAAAGCAAAGUCCUUUGCAGACCGUGAAAUUAGGUACACACUGAAAGCUCAGGGCCAGGGAGCAGGCACAUUUAACAUUGGCCCUACAUCAGGCAUUGUUAAGCUGGCAAAGGAAUUGGAUUUUGAAGAUCUGAGGCAGCCCCAUGUUUACUCUCUGAUUGUGACAGCCACAGAAGAUUCUGGUGGAUUUUCAACAUCUGUAGAGCUUACAAUUCGAGUUACUGACGUUAAUGAUAAUGCACCAAAGUUUGAGCUGCCGGAUUACCAGGCUCAUAAUGUUGAUGAAGAUAUACCAUUGGGAACAUCCAUACUGAAAGUUAAAGCUACAGACUCAGACUCAGGAGCAAAUGCUGAAAUUGAAUACUUGGUGUCUGAUGAUCAUUUCAGUGUUGAUUCAAGUGGUAUUAUUACCAAUAAUAAACAGUUGGAUGCAGAUAACAAUAAUGCAUACUAUGAAUUUGUUGUUACAGCUAAAGACAAAGGUGAGCCAUCAAAAACUGGAACAGCAACAGUUAGAAUCUACACAAAGAACAAAAAUGAUGAAGAACCAAAGUUUUCUCAGCAAGUCUACACCCCAAAUGUGGAUGAAAAUGCUGGACCAAAUACACUGGUCACAACAGUUGUAGCUUCAGAUAAGGAUGGUGACAAUGUUCGAUUUGGUUUUGUUGGUGGUGGGACCUCAUCUGGACAGUUUGUGAUUGAGGAAAUAACAGGUGUAAUUCGAUUACACGGGAAUGAGAUAUCACUAGAUAGAGAUAAAUAUGAACUUAAUGUCACAGCGAUGGAUGAUGGAUCAUGCUGUGUUAAUGGUGAUAGCACAAUUCAUACGAGCACAGCAGUAGUUGUUGUUUUUAUAACAGAUGUCAAUGAUAACAAACCAGUAUUCAAAGACUGUGGUACAUAUGCGCCAAAAGUAGAGGAAGGAGCUCCUAAUGGAAGUCCUGUUAUAAAGGUACAUGCAACAGAUGAGGAUAAGGGUGUCAAUGGGCAAGUGAAGUACUCAAUUGUUCAACAGCCAAACCAGAAAGGUACAAAAUUUACUGUUGAUGAAGAAACUGGAGAAGUGUCUACAAAUAAGGUGUUUGACCGUGAAGGCGAUGAUGGAAAAUUUGUAUCUGUAACAGUAAAGGCAACAGAUCAAGGUGAACCUUCACUGGAAGGUGUCUGCUCAUUCACAGUUGAAAUCACUGAUGUUAAUGACAAUCCACCUUUGUUUGACAGACAGAAAUACAUUGAAAAUGUCAAGCAGGAUGCAAGCAUUGGUACCAACAUUUUGCGUGUCUCAGCUUCUGAUGAAGAUGCUGACAAUAAUGGCGCUAUUGUUUAUUCCCUGAGUGCUCCAUAUAACCCAUCAGACUUGGAAUAUUUUGAGAUUCAACAAGAGUCUGGCUGGAUUGUUCUGAGGAAGCCUUUGGAUCGAGAGACAUACAAGUUGGAGGCCAUGGCUCAAGAUAAAGGAUACCCUCCCUUGUCCCGAACCGUCGAAGUCCAAAUAGAUGUUGUGGACCGUGCAAACAAUCCUCCAGUGUGGGACCAUGUUCAGUAUGGGCCCAUCUACAUUAAAGAAAACAUGCCAGUUGGUGCAAAAGUGUUGUCCGUUAAAGCCAGCUCAGGCAUAGAUGGAAAUCCAACUGUAUUCUAUCGUUUAAUGCCUGGAUCUACAGCUCAAACAAAUAAGUAUCAUACGUUCUACCUACAGCAAAGAACUGAUAAUGGAUUUACUUGGGCAGAUAUAAAAGUAAAUCAUCCACUUGAUUAUGAAUCAAUUAAGGAGUACAAUCUCACCAUAAGAGUUGAGAAUAAUGGAGCUCAACAACUAGCAUCAGAGGCUACAGUCUAUAUCAUGCUAGAAGACGUAAAUGAUGAAAUUCCUUUAUUUACUGAGAGAGAGCAAGAAACUGUACUUGAAGGAGAACCUAUUGGAACAAAGGUCACUCAGGUCAAUGCGAUUGACAAAGAUGGGACUUUUCCUAAUAACCAGGUGUACUAUUACGUCGUGGACUCGCCCAGGAACGAAGGCAAGGGUUUCUUCGAGAUCAACGAGCAGUCUGGAGAGGUGUUCACCAAAGUGGUGUUCGACCGCGAGAAGCAGGGCGCCUACGCGUUGGAGGUGGAGGCUCGAGACGGCGCACCCUCGGCUCGUCCCAACAGCAACGGACAGCCCAACUCCGUGUCACCCAUCGAGCACUGGAACUUCAUUGACAUUGGUUGGGUACGUUCUGUACGAAGAGUCUGA